GGACACACUGGAAUAUUCACGGCCCAGUGGCAGCACAGGCAGCCGUAGGAGUGGCCCACCACACAAGGACCCCCUCGGGAAUGAAGCGGCCUUUCAGGGCCACAGACGCUGCAGCCUCCCCUCCCCUCCUUAAAUAGCCGGCCUCCCUCCACAGCUGCACGGAGCCCACUGCCAGCACCACCACCCGCUGGCCACAGCCCACCUGCCGCCCUGCAGCCCUCCUGCCCUUGCACCUGGACCCGGCUGUGAGAGGUCCCAGGCUCUGGAACCUGUCUGCUUGCUCCCUCCAGGUUCGUCCUCCAGCUCUGCUUCCAGCUGAAGCAUGAAUGGCCUCGAGGUGGCUUCCCCAGGUCUGACUGCCAACUCCUCCCUGGCCACUGCAGAGCAAUGUGGCCAGGAGACGCCGCUAGAGAACGUUCUCUUCGCCUCCUUCUACCUCCUGGAUUUCAUCCUGGCUUUUGUUGGCAACGCCCUGGCCCUGUGGCUUUUCAUCCGGGACCACAAGUCGGGUACCCCCGCCAACGUAUUCUUGAUGCACCUGGCCGUGGCCGACUUGUCCUGUGUGCUGGUCCUGCCCACCCGCCUCGUCUACCACUUCUCUGGGAACCACUGGCCGUUUGGGGAAAUCCCGUGCCGCCUCACCGGCUUCCUCUUCUACCUCAACAUGUACGCCAGCAUCUACUUCCUCACUUGCAUCAGUGCUGACCGCUUCCUGGCCAUCGUGCACCCUGUCAAGUCCCUCAAGCUCCGCAGGCCCCUCUACGCGCACCUGGCCUGCGCCUUCCUCUGGGUGGUGGUGGCCGUGGCCAUGGCCCCACUGCUGGUGAGCCCACAGACCGUGCAAACCAACCACACGGUUGUGUGCCUGCAGCUGUACCGGGAGAAGGCCUCCCACCAUGCCCUCGUGUCACUGGCCGUGGCCUUCACCUUCCCGUUUGUCACCACUGUCACCUGCUACCUGCUUAUCAUCCGCAGCCUGCGGCAGGGCCCCCGCGUGGAGAAGCGCCUCAAGAACAAGGCGGUCCGCAUGAUCGCCAUGGUGCUCACCAUCUUCCUGGUGUGCUUCGUGCCCUACCACGUGCACCGAUCGGUCUACGUGCUGCACUACCGUGGCCACGGCACCUCAUGCGCCGCCCAGCGCGUCCUGGCCCUCGGAAACCGCAUCACCUCCUGCCUCACCAGCCUCAAUGGGGCGCUCGAUCCAGUCAUGUACUUCUUUGUGGCCGAGAAGUUCCGUGACGCCCUGUGCAAUUUGGUCUGUGGCAAAAGGCUCUCGGGGCCACCCCCCAGCUUUGAAGGGAAAACCAAUGAGAGCUCGCUGAGUGCCAGGUCUGAGCUGUGA